UUUAAACCACACACAUAAAUUCAGCAAUAAUACACUUCACAAGUCACUCUAAAGUCUAAAUUCUCUUUACGUAGCACUCUUGGCUAUCUCACCUUCUUCAUUCCUUCUCUUCAUAUAUCUUCUCUUCCCCAUUUCCACUAUCACAAGUUAAGAAAUAUGGAAGAAGUUAUGUCCUCUAAACUCUGUGAUCUUUGCAAUGACCAAGCCGCUCUAUUUUGCCCAUCUGAUUCAGCUUUUCUAUGUUUUCAUUGUGAUGUCAAAGUUCAUCAGGCUAAUUUCCUUGUUGCUCGCCACCUUCGUUUUACUCUUUGCUCUCACUGCAAUUCCCUUACGAAAAGUCGUUUUUCCCCCUGUUCUCCCCCGUGUCCCGCUCUUUGUCCUUCCUGCUCCCGGAAUUCGUCUGCUGAUUCAGAUCUCUGUUCUCUUUCAUCUUCUUCGUCAUCUACUUGUGUUUCCAGCACGCAAACCAGCGCUAGUACACAAAAGAUUAACAUAAACUCUUCCGAUCGAAAGCAAUUUCCGGAUUACUCUACAAAUGAUUCUACCGGUGAAGUCAAUUCUGCUACCACACCGAGAAGUGUGAAAUUUCGAGAUCCGAGGGCGGCGACUUGUGUGUUCAUGCAUUGGUGUAUGAAGCUUGGAAUGGACGGUGACGAAUGGGUGGUGCAAACGGCUUGUAGUGCCUUGGGGAUUUGUUUAGGCCGGUCUAGGGCUAUGCCAGUGCGGGUAGGCUUGGCGGCGUGUUUUUGGUUCGGUUUGAGAAGUAAAAACGACAAAUCAAAAUCCACCUGGCAAUGUUUGAAGAAAUUGGAGGAGAUCUCUGGUGUGCCAGCAAAGCUAAUAUUAGCCACACAAUUUAAACUUCGAAAAAUUGUGAAAGCCAACAACCGAAGACGUCAAGGAAUGGAGGAAAGUUGGGCUGAAUCGUCGUCACCUUGAUUUUUUUAAAGGCGUUUGGACGAAUAUUUUCUAGUAUUUUUCCAUUUAGUUUUGUGGAAAUCAUUUGAAAAAAAAGGGGAAAGUUUGAACAUUGCCGUCCCUUUUACAGCAGUAUUUUCUUUUGUUUUCUUUUGAGCUAGUAAAGUAACCAUUACGAUGACAAGCUAAAAUUUACCAACACUACUAAAAACUGAGUAAAAAUCGAGUAAAACAAAUUGAGAGAACUGCAUCGAUCAAAACAGUUGAGUAGAAAAUGGACGCUUUGUCGAUUUUCGACCUGUUUUUAAAUCCUGCGUAGAAAUAAAAAAACAUCCAUUGAAUCAUUCGCCUUUGCUAACUU